CUUAAAAUCAGAUCAAAUUUUAUGAUAUAUCUCAUGAAAUUAAAAUGUCAAUUGGCCACAUUGUCACAUACUCCCGACAAAACAAAAUUCAUAAUUUCAAAAUUGUAUCAGCAUCAACUAAUCCCGAUUUUGAUUAAUUUCAAUACGAUUUUUUCCCCCUUUGAAAUCAGCAAUGGAUGCGCCAUGCGCAUACAUCUACUUUUUAGCCAUUUCUUACAUUUUGAGGACUCGUUUGAUUAGCAAGGAAUUAAUAGAUUGGAAAUGAACAUUGAAGCAAAGUUCACAACUUUAGGCUGUGUUUGGUAGGUGUCAAAAGAAAAGAAAAUAAAAUAAAAUUGUACAAAAUUUGUAGAAAUUCUCUCGGAUCUGUAUUUCUCCCCACGUUUGGAACGCAUAAAGCCGACGGAAGAUUCCAAAUUUAAAAUUUGAUUUUUACAUCGAAUUGUAACGCCAUUUUUUUAUCGCCGUCAAGAUAAAAAUCUCGUCUACAAGAUGAGAUAACUCGGUUAUGAGCGAGAAAACUUUGCUUCGAUGAGUUUUCCCUCCCGUUGAAACUGUUGCAAGCCCUGUGGAGAAGAUAUGGAAGUUGUGGAAGGAUCACUCAUAACAGAUGGUAGGGUAGCGACACAACUUCAUGUGCUGGUGCCAUAACCUAUGAAGAUGUUCGGAUGACAGAGGUCCUCGACCUGGGAUCGAUAUUGGCCGAGGCCAAUCCAAGAGUGGUAGCUGGGAAUGGGGAUCGGAUGAUCCCAUACGUAGAAAGGGAUUAGAGCCCAGUUUGUAAAAAUCCAAAAUUGAACCUAUUGACUUUACGUCUGUGGACUUGAUUCCAGCUCAGCUUUGCUUGUCAUGCACGACUCACGAGCAUAGCUCAAUUGCUCGAACGCAUGCCGCGGUCGAAUUUGGAUCCUCUCGAGGCUACAACCCCAUGUCACACGAUCCAUUUCCCUUCAGAUUUAGGUUGGGACUUGGGAGGAAGGUUCCUCUAUCUAUUUACUUAUAAAUUACAGGAAAGACAAAAACUCACGCAGGCACACAGCACUCAGUCGAUAUAGGAAGAACCUUGCACGUUUCCUCUUCGAUUCUCUCUCUCUCUCUCUGUCUCUCUCUCUCUCUUUCUUGGUUCUCCCAUUCCGAAGAAAUGGUGAAGCGUCCCGUAAAGUACUCUCUGGUGGACGCGUUCACUGACACGGCGUACAAGGGAAACCCAGCGGCCGUGUGUUUGUUGGAAGAAGAAGAGCGCGAUGAGCAGUGGAUGCAAUCUGUUGCCGCGGAGUUCAACCUUUCAGAAACUUGUUUCUUGACUCAGAUUUCCUCUACUCACUCCAACGCUGAUGCCCAAUCUGUCCCCCCGCGGUUCCACCUCCGCUGGUUUACUCCUACCACUGAGGUGAAGCUUUGCGGUCAUGCAACCUUGGCAUCUGCCCAUUUUCUCUUUACAUCCAGGCUAGCAGCAACAACAAAUGUCAUCGAGUUCCUCACAUUAUCUGGAGUUCUGAUUGCUAAAAAGGUUCCUACAGCAACAACAAAUGUGGAUGCAUCACCAGAAGAGAACUUCUCUAUAGAAUUAGACUUCCCUACUUAUCCUGUGCUUGAGUGUGAACAUGCAGAUAUUCCAUCAUUUACUGAAACCCUCAAUGGUGUUCACGUCGUCAGUAUCAGUAAAACAGCUCAAACCAGUGAUGCUGACCUCAUGGUGGUGCUCUCGUCAGGAAAGACUGUUGCAGAUUUACAACCACAAAUGGAUGAGAUAAAAAAAUAUCCUGGAAGAGGGGUCAUUUUUACAGGGCCUGCUCCUGAGGGAUCUGGCUUUGAUUUCUUCAGUCGCUUUUUUUGUCCAAAAUUGGGAGUUAAUGAGGAUCCUGUUACUGGAAGCAUGCAUUGUGCCUUAGUGCCCUAUUGGAGCAAAAAGCUGGGAAAAUGUGAUCUUGUUGCACACCAGGUAUCUCCAAGGGGUGGAGUACUGGAAUUGCAUUUAGAUGAGGCAAACCAGAGAGUGCUGAUUCGAGGCAAAGCUGUUGCUGUCAUGGAAGGUUCCCUAUUAGCCUAGCUUAAGAAAUAAAUUCCUCUUCCUUGGGGUUAUAUGUAUACCGGUAUUACGUGGAAUUUUGAAACUAUGUAUUCUAUUCUUGUGUUCCCUUAACUACUUUCUGUUGAUUACCAAACCUUGUAUUUUGCAUUAAUUGAAGGGAAAGUCCUACCCAGUUUAAAAUCUAAUGCUAUUGGGUUCUCUCCUUUAUUAA